AUGUUAUUCCAGUUGUGGAUCGCCCUACUUCUGGGUCUGGUUCCCAGUCCAUUUGGGAUCACCUCCGCGUUACCCAGCAUUCCCGAUCCGCAGAAGAAGGGAGCUUUUGAUCAGAUUCUACAAGCCAACUUGGGCACAGAACGUGACUGUAAGUACAUGUUUGUGUACCCGUAGCAGGAAUGCCCAUUCUCUAAUAAAUGAAGCCAUAUAUAGCCCUUAAAAAAUGAAGCGAAGAAAGAAGAAAGCGCAAAAACAGCUGGAAAGAAGUGACAAGACGAAAUUUUCCACCUCAUUUUUUACGUUUAAGUUCAAAUCAAAGUUCGGUCCCCAAUCCUGACAACUAAAUCCUUAGAAUCACCUGCGUUGCCCCUGAGCCGUGAACAAAAGACUACCGAUCGGAGAAAGGGAAGGGAAUAAUUGUCGUUAAAUUGAAAUUUUUAAACAAAACUCAAAACAGUGCCUGGCUUCACGUUUCGUUCCAUUCGCUGAUGCAGUGCCUAAUGAGAGGGGGACCCUUGUCGCAAUAACUGUCCGCGUGCACCUACAGUGUAUUUCGUUUUUGCCUCGUUCGUGUGUGUUGUGAACCGAAGACCAAAAAAUUUCACGGGUUUUGAAAAUAGUAUUAAAUCAGCCGCUUAUGACAGUUGACGAGUCAAACAGAGGCUGACAGUAUUGUUGCGAGUCUUUUUUGCUGUCGCUAUAGACUACUGGCCGUGGUUGUUCACAGGUCGGAUAACGCUAUCCACAGGAUAAAUCUCUAUCCGGUGGAUAACUUUAUACGUUUUGCCAUCACUUAUCCGCUGGAUAGCGAUUUAUCCGUUGGAUAGCAUUAUCUGCCAUAGAUACAACUGGACCCUGGAGUUCAAAAUAGCUUUAUGACGUCGCAAAGCGUCGAAUUCUUCUAAUUCUAACCACGUGCAUGUAACUUUUAAAUGACCUUUAUGACGCGUUUUGUGACGCAUACUAUGAAUGCGUGCGCGCACUGAUGAUUAACGAAAUAGGACUGACGAAAUGAUAGACGAGUGAAAGCUUAAUCACUAGUCUGAAUUACAAAAUUAUUUUACGAGCUCUUUUGUCUGUUUUAAUAGGUCAUUGAGAUGAGUAGAAGUUCAUAGCUCAAGCUUACGCCGGCCUAGAAAAAUGUUCAUCGCUUUAUUAUUUGGAGGAAACGUGCAUGAUCCCGCGAAAUCUAUUUUACUGAUUCUCAAGGACAUGCCACUGUCAUUGCACUGAAGGUUUCAGUUUUGCAUACAAGAAGAGAGCUUAAACUACAGCACAUAUUCUCUUGAUACACGGGGGUUAGGGAGGGGAAGUGGACGAUUGCGAUGAAAGAAUACGGGGCGAGAUUAUUUCCCGUAAUCACUCGCGCGUUGUCUCCGUUGUUAACAAUAUUUUGCGGAACUAACAUACAAAAAAACACAUACAAACAACCAAACUUAGAAGAACGCUUUCCUAUUUUUAAGCAAAUCCCUACCAAGUGACACUCUUUUAAAACAGAUACUGAUAGGGGUAAGUACACAAAGUUAACAGUAGCAAAACAAGUUUAAGCAGUUUAAUUUUCGCAAAGAUUGCUCACUUUACAGUGGUAUAGCUUUCCGUUACUCUUAGUUAUUAUUCAAUCCUAUGCAGGUGUUCUUGUGGCUCUCCCAAUCAGCUUCCUGGCAUUUUUCGUCGCAAUAUCUGGCAAUUUUGCAACCUCCGCAGAAAUACAACCAUACGCUCUCUUUGCCACAACUUGCGCACCUCGGCGUGCUCUUGGAAACAAAAUUCGAAUUUACAGAAAUUUUCAUGACCUGAUAUUUAUCGCACGGGCUGAGAAGUUCAACGAUUGUAUUAUUCUUUGUUUCUACUCUGAUUUCGUCAAGUUCUUUACUCCUUUUAAGCCUUUCCUGACGAAUAACGGCUCUGAAUUUUUCGUCCAUGUCCCGAUUGACCUCAUGGAUACACUUCCUGGUGUUUCGGUCAAUGUCAGUGAUACACUCCUCCAUUUCACUCUUCACUUCUUUCAGUUCGCGUAGCAAAUCCUUACACUCGGCUUUAUAUGCCUUUCGGAGUUUUUUCCUCUCAUCACCAAUCAACAUCUCAGCCUGCUCGGCAACAACUUCUUCAAAUGAAGGUUGAAGUUUUGCAAUGUUUUCCUUCAGUCGCUUUAAUACUCCUUUAAUUUCUUGUGCGUCUUGUUCUGCCAUCUUUUCCUGGAUUUCAACAAUCGUCAGUGCCUCUUUCAAAUAAAACCUCGAUAUUGUCUUCUUACUCACUGCAAAUCACCGGUUUUCCUCAACUUUCCAACAGCGUGCACACAGAAUGACAUCAUAAUUGUGCACCUCUGUUGUAAGCGAUGAUAAAACAAAGUGAAAAUGCAAACCAUAACGCGCGCGCGCGCUUAUAUCACCGGCUUUCUAAACUCGGGCCAUUACAAACAACUAUUGCACAAGAUAAAAUCAGAUUUGAUGAGGAUCGUUCUACUGUAACAUUCACUUUAUCAUUUUCAGCCUUUUCCAGUCCACCGCUCCCAGAUAGCGUGUUUGAAGGGGAUAUCGUUUUAACUAAACAGCAGCUGAUUAAUAUUGAUAUUCAUGGCGAUAUCAGAGGCAAUGUUAGCAGAGCGGCCGACGGCAACGGACGUCUUAGAUGGCCGAACGGUAUAAUACCCUAUGAAAUUGACUGCAGCUUACGUAAGUGAUGUUGUUAUUCUUUGUAUAAUCAAAACUAUAGAAAAAUUCUCGAACGUGAUUGGAUAUCACCAGCCCGAUGUGAGCAGAAAUAGGACAGUGUGCGCGUCAUGCUUGAUGAUAGGACAGUUAAAGGGACAGUUAUUACGUCAUGCCUGUGGAAGUGGAUAGAACGCGUCAUGUGCGUGCGCUGUUGUCUCGCAUUUCGCCGAGUUAACUGUUUUUUUUUUAUGAGAACGUAUAACCGUUGUCUAGUUUCUUUCUCAAAUUUUGUCAUAAUUUCGAUUAAUUGGCAACAAGACUUCAUGUCGUUCAAUUCUGUCUGUAAUCAUGAUCGGGCUCCCGCCUCGCGGUCGUCUGAUAUUGUUAAUCACUCCUAUGAUUACAGACAGAAUUGGACUCCACUUGGUCCUAUUACCAAUAUUAGUUAGGGCGCGACAGUGAUCAUGGCUUGCUGUCCAAUUGAGCUCACCAAGCGAAAAGCAUUUCUUAGUUGCCGCGAUUUGCAGUCCAAUCGAGCCCAUCAAGUGAAAAACAUGGAAGAAAUACUUUACACAAAUGGAAGCAACAUUUAAGUUCAGAAGUCAAUUGUUGUCUUAACGGAUAUUGUGCAUUAGGCCGAAACAUCUUUUGAGUGUGACGCACGUAACGUCUUGGCGGGAAAUCGACUUUCAAACUGUCUGAUUGGCAGUUACAUAGGUUUUAUGACUUACUAGGAAAACGUUUACAUCCAUGGUCAUAUCUCGAUAGCAAAAAAUAGCGUCCAUAGAAGUAAGAAAUCGCUUUUGUGGUGCUCUUUCACCGCACUUUUUUUCUUUUUUCAGCGCUCUUCCACUUCCUUGUAAUGUUAGCUGUUUUGAAAAAACCGUUUCAUUGCAAGUUUAUCGGGGCUUUAUUACAAAAACAAUACCUUUGUCUUCUUGCCUUUUACAGAAAACAUGCCCGAUGCAAUGAGUGCCAUAGAUGCAGCUAUAAAGGAAUGGGAAAGCAAGACUUGUAUCAAGUUUGUGAAGAGAACAACUCAAAAAGAUUACCUUUGGUUCUUCCGUCAAAGAGGGUAAGAGAUGAAAGUACGGUAAACGUCCUGAUUAAUCUCGUACCCAGAUCCUACUGUGUAACUAUAAUUGAAAUUACAACCGUCUGGCCGUGAAAGGUCUGGGUACAAGACAACAUCCUGAACAAAACAUGUUGAGGGAGGAAGUGUGGUUUGGUGGUUCUCAUCGGCUCCUUGAAAUAUUUUCCUUUUUUUUGAUUGGCUUUUGUGCUGACUUUGUUUGGUUCGACGACGCUUAAUUGAAAAGAGCUCUAAAAGUAAAAAUUGAUUCCUUCAGGUGCUGGUGUAAUGUCGGACGCAUUGGUGGAAAGACGUAUCUAUCAGUUGGAUUUGGUUGUGAAUACAAGCACGUGAUGGUACAUGAGAUCGGUCACGCGGUUGGUUUUUGGCACGAGCAAAGUCGUCCGGACAGAGAUAGUUACGUCCGGGUACUGAAACAGAAUAUACUGCCAGGUAAGUGUAGGUACUUCAUUAUUGUUAUAUGAAGGUAGCGAUGUUAUAAGAAGAACCAUGUCACUCACUGUGUGUCUGUGUUUGUGUCUGUGUCUGCCUGUUCGUUUGUUUGUCAAUCGGUCUGUCUGUCUGUCUAUCCGUCUGUCCGUCCGUCCUUAUGCCUACUUGCUGAAUGUUUCUACUUCUUUUUAAAGGAGUGUAAUAUUAACCAACAAUACAUUAGAUUUAAAAGAUAUGUUAUGGCCGCGUGUGGAUACAAAUCUAUCGUUGAGUGUUUAUCAUAACUUUCACGAGUGACCGAAGCACAGAGUGAGAGACGUUAUCAACAAGAGGAGAUAAAUUCGUUUCCACACGUGGCUAUAUACGCUCUUGUUCCUAAUAUGACUGAAUAUUGAUGAGAUGUUUGAAUCAAAGGCAAUUUGAAAACACGUUUCAAGAGCACCGGAUGUAGAGGUUACCUGAACUUAAAUUCAGCUUGUAGAGAUGCUCCUUAAACUUGUCAGGAGAGAAAGAAAGUUAUCUAAAACAAAACAAAACAAAAAAACGGCUACUCUUUAUAGUAGAAGAGGUUGGUUUCUACCCUAGUAAUGUUUGCGAAGAAAAAAUGGCCUGCACGGAAAGUUAAACUGCCUUAUGAUAAACCCGGUUGCCAUAGUCCACGAAGGGGGGCUCAUUAUUAGUGGGAGAGGUUUGCCGGGGGUCUGACACUAAUAAUGAAAGCCUGCACGUGUGCUACAGUUGCCUUGACGACUAUAAUCGUAUAGAGUGUAAAGAUUUGGUGGGUAUGCUCACUUCGCGUGUUCAGACACGGGAGAAAUUUAUUAUUUCAUUAUUACUCAAAAUAAUAAAGCUAAUUAAAACAUGUUUUCUCCUGGUCAAGGUGUAGAAAGUGCUUUUGCUAAGUAUGGCAGGGACAAAAUAGAUUCUCUUGGUUUACCCUACGACUACGGGUCUAUCAUGCACUAUCCAUUUAAUGCUUUCUCCAAAAACGGUCAGCCAACGUUACAAGCCCUUAAACCAUUAAACGGCAAGCAACCUUACCAAAACCUGAGUCCACUGGAUGCUGAACAGACGGAUUGGAUGUAUGGUUGUAACGCGAAGAAACGAAAACGCAGACAAAGUGGUAAAUUUUGUUAAAGUUUUUGUCUUAACCCUUAAAAUCCCGUGAGUGACCAAGACAGAAUUCUUCCUAAAAUAUCAAUACAAUAUCGAGCAGAUUAGUGAUGAGAAUAAAGAAAAAUAUCAAUUAUGUUUAUCAAGUUGAUCCAAUAACAAAUUCUCUGAACAAACAUCAUAGAAAUUGUUUGGAAAACAGUAAGAAUAAUUACCACUGGGACUAGGGAGUCGGAGAGUUAAUUAACUUUUUUGAUAGUCAUUUGGAACGUCUCAAUCAUUCUGCUUGUAGCCUCAACAAUCCUGGACGUGUAAAAGUUUUGUUUGAAGCUCCCUGCAUCCCGUAUCAAAUACAGUAAUUUCAAAACUUUUCACUGAAGGCAUAUUGGUUUAAACUAACCGAAUUUUCUGCAAGGCAUUAAUCUUGAAUGCGAAAGGACAGUGCAAUCUCUUCUCGCACUAAGCCGUCGCUGCAUUAUAAGACAAAAUUUUUUGUGAGAAGAAAUGAAAAUGUUUUAAAUGAAAGGGCCGCGGAGCUUCGAUUUUACUUAGUUUCCUGAUUGGAAGUAGGUCGGGGGUAACAACUCAGAGAGAGUUUAAUUUUUUUAUGGAAAUUGUGGACAGUUUUAUGGUCAACAGCAAGAAAAGUAGUCAACCAUUUGUAUUAUCUUAAACUGUGUCUGUGUUAAUUUUCCAACAGCAUGCUUCGAUAGCACCCAAAAUUGUUAUUACUGGGCGCGAAGAGGGGAAUGUAGACGAAAUCCACGCUACAUGAAUCGUUAUUGCAAAAGAAGUUGUGGAGUUUGUAAGUAUCAGAAAAUGAUGAACGAUUUUCCUUAUUUGUGGAAAUGUGUCGCUGAUUGAGGUUGAUGUUUGGGAUUGGAGACUAGCUUGGACCUAACUGACGAACUCACAAGAGGAUCAUUAGAGAAUGAUGAUUGGAUUUAUUUUUCUAAGAUAAUUUUACACCAACACUUGCUCUCCUCGGUAAUCUUCGGUUCACCCGUGAAAAAACACUUUUUGGUACGUUUUUGUAAGAAAAGAUCGGUGUUGAUUAAAAUGAUAAGUCCUUAUAAUUAGGCUUAGGUAAAGAUAUUCCUUCAGUGGUACUUUUUACGCAUUUUUUUCUUUUAGAGGCGAACGGGAGUUAAUUACUAGUCUCGUACCCAGACCUUCCACGGCCAAGCGGUUGGAAGAGAUCCUACAUUUUCGCCACAGUUACACGGAGUACGAGAUCUGUUAAAUACAGGAUAUUCAAUAAAAAAGCAUAUCGCUGCAAAUUCUUACAAUUGUUUUAUUGAUAUUAUCCCUUGGCAGGUGGAACCACGGCAGUGUGUAGGGAUAAAGACUAUCGUUGUGCUACGUGGAGAAAUUAUUGCCGCACAAAUUGGUACACAAGAACAAACUGUAAGAAAACCUGUGGGCUCUGCCCCAAGCCUCCGACGGUGAGACCGAAGCCACCAACAGUGAGGCCCAAGCCUCCGACGGUGAGAACGAAGCCACCAACAGUAAGGCCCAAGCCAACGACUGUAAAACCCAAACCACCAACGAUGAAGCCGCAGACUCCUCCUCCACCAAAAACACCACCUCCUCCCAAAACCUCGUCUCCGCCAAACACGCCGCCUCCUCCUCAAACUCCUCCUCCGCCGAACACACCACCUCCACCCCAGACUCCUUCGCCGUCGAACACACCCCCUCCACCCCAGACUCCUCCGCCGCCGAACACACCCCCUCCACCCCAGACUUCUUCUCCGCCGAACACUCCUCCUCGUCCUCAGACUUCUGUUCCCAAUACUCCAUCCACGCAUGCCCCUAUCACAUCAUCUCCAGGGUGUUCCGCGGCUCUUGGGAUGGAAGAUUUCACCAUCAAGGACAGUCAAAUAACAGCGUCCAAGAGCGUUAACAGGUAAGUUGUUGGUACAAAAUGGGUCUUAAAGAGACCUCAUCACCAAUUAUUUUUUGACAGUAACCAACAGUUCUGUUGAUUGCAUUCCCUUACAUCUCAUUAUCUCGGUUAAAACCGAGUACAGCCAUACCUAUGGUUUCAAGUUUACCUCAUGCUAUUUUAAAGUGUCGUUUCUUAUCCUUAAUGUCUUUUAUAUGGAUGUUCUCGAUCCCUGCUAAUUUGAACUAAAAUACGGUCACCUGGCCCCAUUAAAGCAUCAGUAUUUGUCGAAGUUCAGAUCAGUUUAAGCCCAGGUACGAAUAAAACCUCAAACACGCCCAGUGAGGUCUCUAUGUUUCUUCUCUUUUAAACCAGAUUUCAUGGUCCUAGCCAGGCUCGUCUUAACCUUCCGGUCGGCAAAGGUGGUGUAGGGGCCUGGUGCGUAGGGAAGCCGAACAACGAAGUGCACUUACAAGUUGACUUUUUGAAGAAAACCACCGUAACAGGAGUUGCAACCCAAGGUGACAUGAUGAGAAACAGAAAUGGAAAAAGAGUAAAAUAAUAAACAAUAACAAGAGUUUUAUAAUACCCAUUUUCCUGUCCUUUUUUCUGUAUCCUUAGGAAGAGAAAGUGCAUAUCCAAAGUUUGUGAAGGAAUAUAUGCUCUCCUAUAGCGAUGAUGGAAAGUCGUGGGAUCUUUAUUCCAAGGUAACUUAUGAUCUUAACACACCAAGUACAUGGACACUGAUUAAGACUCUGUUUUGAGGCCGAAGAGAACAUGAUUUGGUUCUUAUGACUUCUCCGGAAACUUCAAAUUAGUAUACGCCCAUACCCUGACCCUAAGAUCUGGAGGUUAAUGGUAUUAGCAGGUGUCAGUUGAGGAUUAAAGUAUUUUUGUCUAAUCUCUCUACUGAAUAAAGGAGGUAACAUUCUUAAGGGUUUCCAUCCGAGGUUAAAUGGUUUUUGAACCACACUGCAGGCCCCUGCGCAAUCUACCUUGAAUUUUGAAUCAUAAAAUGGUAAUGGUUAGUUUAAUUGUGAUGUCAAAAGGCAAAACCAAAGAUCCGUCGUAUUAACUUUUAAAUUGCAUAUCAGCUUUGAGAAUGGCCGAAAUAUCUUUUCAGAAACCAGUUUUUAACCUCAGAAAAAAUCCGGAGGAACAGACAACUUUCAAUUAGUUUAAAAAUGGAGAGGUGAAAGUUAUCCAGAAAAAACGGUACUCAUUUCGCCAUCGAUCGUCUAACUUGGGUUUUCAACAGGUUUUUGUUGGAAACAGUGACAUGUCAACAGUCAAGACAAAUCAGCUAACAAGCCCAAUAGUUGCUAGAUUUGUUCGUAUUCUCCCAACUUCCUGGAAUGCGGACAUUUGUCUCAGGGCUGAGUUUUAUGGCUGUCCAGGUAAGCAUACAAGGUAAACGAAAAUAAUAUGUCUUUAGCAAGGACAACUGACGAUAAUGUUGGCGUUCCGAUCAGUUCCACGUUUGUACAGAAGUAAGGGAAUAUAAAGAAUCUAACGGUCUGAAUCUUUUCUUUAGUAAUCAAUCAAUCAAUUAAUUGGCAGACAGUCGAUUGAUCAUUCCAUUGACCAUGUGAUCCGACCGACCGUCCGACCGUCCGACGAUUCGCGGGUCCGACUGUUCGACCGUCCGACCAACCCCCGACCAACCGUCAGUCAGUCAGUCAGCCAAUCAGUUGGUCGUUCGGUCGCCCAGUCAGUCAAUACACACCAAUCGCGAUUCUUUCAAUGAGGAAUAAAGUUAAACAGCGGAUUAAGGAAUCGAUCAAGGCAUAAUCAUAGACUUAAUAACCUUGUGUUGAUGUCUCAAUCUCCGGGAAGGUGAAGAUUCUCAAGUGAGCAUAACUGUUGAUUGUGAGAUGCGAUGAUAACUGCAUAACUCGUUAGAGAAUACAUCGCAGUAAAGACUAAAAUCUGCGACAUGCGGAGUUUGGAUUUGUUACCCAUGGAAUCUUUGUAAAGGUACCCAUUUAUCGUAAGAUUGUCUUACUCAACGGUUUGUUAUGAUCUCUUAGUUCAGCCGACUAAUCCUCCGCCAGAAACGACCCCCAUGAAAUCCACAACGGCCACUGAGGCACCAUCUACUCAGGCCUCAACGACACCAAAACCAGCAUCAUCUAUUCGCCCACAGGCCUCUACGACACCAAAACCAGUCAAACCAACCACAAAGGUCACGCCACGCCCACCAAUAAUAAUACCAGAAAAGCCCACAGGUGAGAAGAAUUAUCUUAUAUAAGAAAGUUUUGUUUAGCGUAUAACCUAUUUUUUUGUCUUUGAUUUUGUAUAAACGCUUCAAAGACUUUCAACACUAUUUUCUUUAUAUCAGGCUUUAAGUGCGAAGAUCUCCAUCCAAACUGCGCAGAUUUUGCCAAGAGGGGGGAGUGCACCAAUAAUCCAGGCUGGAUGGGAGAAAACUGCAAGAAGAGUUGUGGAUCCAAAUUAUGCGAUAAAGAACCUGUUAGACCUCUUGGUUAGUACAGCUAGGAAAUGUUUCUUUCCGUGAAGAAUGCUCUCUCCAUGCCGGUGUAUGAGAAGAGGAAGUAUUUCUUUGACAAGGAGAAUUAUAGUUAAGCUCCUGAGAAAGCUUUCCUUUUCCUAUUCUUAUUUAAGUUAUGUUUCAUGAAAACUCCGCGAGUUAGUGUUGGAAUCUCAAUUACAAGUGAGGUGCGUAUCAGUGAACUCCAACUAUGCACGGCGGACGGUUUGCCAGAGGAAUCUAAUAAAUUUGAAUUAAAAGCGCAUUCAUUGGGUCCCUUCUUGAAUCAAGUAAGAACGAGGAGACAUCAAUGUUUCUCUUUUUGUAGUCUCAGUCAAUCGACCCAUAAGGUUAGGAACAUGAACCUACAAACUCAACCUCCAUCUUGUCAUUCCAGUGUCAGUUUCCUGAUUAUUUGAGCCUUUUCUUUGUUCAGAGGCAAGCAAACAAAGACUUUUUAUGAACCCUUUAAACCCUAACAGUGACUGGCAUCAAAUUUCUCCCAACCAAUUUCUCCCCUGAAUCACACUUAAGGUCAUGAGAAUAAAGGAAAUGAUCAACAACGAAAGAAACUUUUGAUUGGUAAACAAAUUCUCCUUGUUAGCACCAAGGGAAAUGUAUAGAGAACAGUAUGGAGAAUAUACAUGCUGAUGUUAGGGUGUAAAGGGUAAAUAGUGACUAGGCACGCGUAGCUUUUUAGUUGCCUUUAGGCUUUUCAAACCUGUUAGAAGCUUUACCGAACUUAAAACAAAGAAUUGUGUUUUUAUUUUUCUUCGGUAGCUCCAUGCUCCAGUCCACUCGGAAUAGGUUGGAAUUUUAAACUGCCUGACAGCGCAUUUUCAGCGUCUUCGUCACUUGAUGUUGGUAAGAAGACUGUCCACUCUUUCUUUAAUCAAUCCCAUAGCUCUACAUCUCGGGGUAUACACAACUAGUUGGUCUCAUAUCCAAACCUUUUACGGUUAAGCUGUUGUUCAGUUACAGUUACACGGUAGGAUCUGGGUACGAGAUAAAACUUAAUAUUUCUCAUUGGCUUUACAGGUGGCGGCUGGGACAGCGGUGCGCGCAAUGCACGAAUGUAUUUUACAGACAGUUUUGAUUCCAAGCGGGUUGGGGCCUGGUGCGCAGCGACGCCAAAGAACCAAUGGCUGCAAGUGGACUUAGGAAUGGACAAACAUAUUACAGCUGUUGGAACGCAAGGUGAUCAACGAUGAAGAGGGAAUAACUAAAGAUAACUUAGUUAUUAGUUGCCCUUUAAAAGUGCAUUUCAAUAAAAUAAACCAAUCCGGUAGAAAGACCGAGAGGAUCAAAGGAAAAAUAAGGGGCCAACUGGAAUUAUAUAUAAAAAAGACAAACUUCCUGGAGUGAGGGAAAGUUUGCAUUUUAUUGCUCGAGGUGACAUGGUUUUUCCAGUGCAAUCCCGGAUUGCUUUUAACGCUCAAAUGUAAAUUGCUCUAGUAGAUGUAAUGUGAAAAAAAUUUCAAGGUUCUCAGCUUCGUUUCUCAUGGGCGAACCGAGAAUUGCUCGGAAGGUGGAUCCUCACCAUUAUCCUCACCAUUAUUCUAGAAUUCAAGCAAUUGCAGAGUCGAGAAAGACAGAAAUCCUGUAACGUUUUUCUUCCUAAUCCGACUCAAAAUACUCGUAACAGCGAAAGCAUCAAUAGGAAGUAUUAUUCGCCAACUGUGUCCUGAGGACAUGAUACCAGCUGACUUUUAAAGCAAGUUCCCUAAUGAACGUUAUGCUCUAGACUUGUUAACAAUAUUUCUCUUCAAAUAUUAGGACGACACAAGUAUUACGAGCACGUGAAAUCGUAUAAACUCGCCUUCAGUAAGGAUGGAAACUCUUGGAGUUUCUACCAAACAGAUGGCGAAGACAAGGUAAGACUUGCUGCAGUCUUUACUAUUUGUUCAAGAGAACAAGGAACUUCACCAGAAAACCAACACAUAUUUUUACUUAUUCCUCGGCUUGUUUUGAAAUAAGCAAAGUUUCCUUCCUUAUCGGUUUUGUUUUCUUUCCUUUACAGGUAUUUGGCGGGAAUUGUGAUCACUUUACCCCCGUCUUAAAUUUCUUGCAGCGUGGCGUUACCGCUAGAUAUAUCAGAUUUUAUCCAGUGACUUAUAACUACGUCUGUAUGCGUGUAGAGGUGUACGGCUGUGACGCUUGAUUACAUAAUAUGUUACCCACUGAAAUAGCACUGUCUCCGAGAUGACACUACACGUUUUUUAAGUCCAUUACUAUUUACGAGUAGUUUUCUAUACGCUUGUUAACUUUACUCUUCAUUUCCUUCUCCCGAAUGUUUUCCUCAAUUUCCUUGAAACGGAAGUGGCUUAAACUUACAAAGCUUCAAUGUAGAAAAUGUGAACUGCGACAAUGAGAUAAGGUUUCCUCUUUUACCUACCAGGUGUUUGUUGGUUUGUUACCUUUUCUUUCUUUAAGACUGAAAAUGGCAAGCUUGGUCAAUAAAGGAAUUAUGACAUGAC